CUCGAGCAUCGCUCAACUAACAAUCAGUAAUGCGGACGCGACAAUUAAUGCGAGCCUUUCGUCCGAGCUGGGGAAACAAAAAAAUGGCGGGAAAAACUUUCUCGCCCAUCAAAACGUUCUCUCCGGUGUUGUAGACAGCAAGUUUUUUGCUUACACGGUCAUCCGAAUAUAUUACUUUAUCACACCAUGAAGAAAUGGGAAUGAAGAAAGAACAAAAAGAGCUCGUCGAAAGACGUCCCCACGAAAAUGCGAUCUUAGAGCAGCGAGGAGAAGCAGGAAAUAUAAAUUUCGAGUGGAAAGUACGUUCGAAGCUCUAUAAAUUCUAUUCCCGAUCCCAGCUGUCCUUGUCCUCACGGGGUUGUACUAUUAUAUUCUAUUAUUAGCACUCCGUCAACGUUCCUGUCAGUGGCAUACGUGAACUCUUGACGCGCCCGCGAAUCGGACAAUAUUUCUCGCGCCCACGGAAAUAUAUACGAAUUUUCCUGCAUCGGUAAAAUCCAUGAAAAUACAAACAUAAACAGCACACGAGUCUUUUCCAAUUUCGUAUCGAAAACUUCUUUCUUUCCACGAAAACACGAUUUUUCUCCCGCCCGAACAAAGCGCGUCGAUCGACUGUUCGAUGAAAAUAAAAAAUGGCGGUUCAUAGGUGGAGUUAGUGACGCAGCGAUCCCAAAUUUUUGUUCAGCACAAAAUGGCGGCAUACGCGAUAAUCUGGAUUGAAUGUUCCCUCCGUUUUUUGACAGCAAAAAGAAUACAGUGGACAAAAAGAUAGUUUGAGUGAAAUUUUAUCGGUGAAAUCGACGAAGAAAGUGUGUGAAUAAAUGAUGAAAAGUUCAAACCGCGAAAUCGGUGUCGUUUUCGAGCAACGCGGAACCGUUAAACGACCUAUAAGCAAAAAAAGCACAAAGUUUCGUUGGUUUAUCCGAGGCACGAAAUUCUCGAGGUUUGCGGGGAAAUGUAUGUGAUAAGAUGUUACAUGCGCUAUCGCUCAGAGUUCAGUAGAGAGAGAGGAAGUCGGAGCGAAGAAGCGUGUUUGCAACAGCAGAUCCCUUCGGUGGCGUGUAAGCGCGACGGGGACGAAGAGAGCUACGUCAGGUUUCCGGGCAGCGGAGAGACGCUGCUGUUCGGGACAGAGGAACCGCCAACAGAAGCAGAAGCAAGGAAUUGUAUAGGUGGAGGAGGCAAGUCAGUAGUAGGAAGAGGUGACUGCGAAUAGGGAGAGAAAGAGUGAGGGAGAAGGGCAAGGAAGAGCAGAAGAGAGAGAGAGAGAGAGAAAUUCAUAGAUGACGCUGUUGGGCCGGUGCGCGAGGGAACCGAGCUAUUUCUCAGCUUCAACGGCAGAGCUUUUCUUCGCGGGAAUAUAUCGACACGUCACGAGCACACACUCCCGUUUACAAUAUCCCAGCGGUAUAAACAGAAAAAAACAUUACGUAUCGGAACAUCACAGCGAGGAAGAGGAGGACGAAAAUAGCAGCAGAGGAACCAGACAAAGACGACAAUUCGAUCUUGCGGAUCGAAUGAUGAAAGUGGAAGGAGUGGUAGCGUCGAUAACGGUCCCGCACAAGAUCAAGGUCAAGGAAGAGGCCAAGGAAUGCUGCGGUUAUCAGCAAAUAACGACUUCGGCAACUUCCGCUUCUGCAAUAACAACAACAACAGCAACAACGAUAGCGACAGCGACAACAACCUUAACAAUAGCAACGGCAGCGACGACGACGGUGGCAGCGACGACGACGAGCGUAUCAUCGAUAAGCACAGCUUCCGCUACCAGCAGCACGUCCUUCGCUAUCUCCAACCCUCCAAUCGACUCUGGCACGACCAGCAUAAAUCCAACUACCAUAAGCCCAACCACAUCGACGAUUGUUCACUCUCCAACCCCCCACAGUAACCUCCCCGUCCUUUCACCCUCAUCUACCACAUCCUCGAUCUCUUCCAGCGCCGUAGUUCAAGCCUCCAACGUGAUUUGUCAACUCUCACCAACAUCGAACCUCGUUACCAUGGUUAACAAAAGUUCUGAACCUUUUCCCGUCGAUCUCGACCUUAAAACCAAAAUUCCACAAGUUUUACCAAACGGGCCGUCGCCGUCGCGCGAGAAAACGAUCCGGGAAGAGGGCAUCGAGUCGCACUGCGCUUCGAGAGAGUCGCGGUUGUCACCGUGCUCCAUUAACAAAAGCAAGCCUCAGUACCAAGCGAAUGGGAACCUCGGAAAACCGGAAUACGUUCGUGGCACCGGAGGAGAAACUGGACAUUACGUUUCUUCAGGCUCCUCGGAAAGCGAAAUUCCAAUUUCCUCGCACAAUAUAAAACCGGAAAAUGUCGAAUCUCCCACUCCAAAGCAUCAGCAACUCGAUGAUCAUCAAAGCAGCGAGUGCAACGCUCCAACGAUUGGCAACGGCCCUUCUACCGCCGCGAACAGAAGCGUCGCUGCCAUUUUCGCAGGCCAUGGAAAACUCAAGAGACUUCUCGGCACUCUCAUACAAUUCGCCUCGAACAUUUCUCAGGAUACUGGCGAAUCUGUGCGAGCCUUGAUCCUCGGACUCUUGAGCGGUGCGAUGACGGCCGAAGAAUUCCACUCGGCACUUCAGGAAGCAACAAACUUUCCACUCAGAGGUUUCGUCCUGCCUUAUCUGAGGCACACAUUGCCCUCGCUGCGAAGGGAUUUGACAGCCGCCGCUAGAGCCAGCAACCAGACGUGCGUCCAAUAUUUCCGUACCAACGAGUCUGUGAUUCUGGAAACCGUUAGUCUGGCACCAUCCUCCGAUACGGUCGACCUUUUCGGCGAUCACAACAACGCUAUGGCGACCACAAAUCUGGCGAAUCAUUGCACAACGGGUUACGGAAUUAUGCGAUCCGGCGCCGGGAUUGGUCCGGUGCAGCAUCCAAACAAUAACAACACUUCGACCGGCGGUGGGGGCGGCUCGUUGCACCAACAUUAUUCAAAUACUCCGACGAACCUUGCCACCAAACGCAGAGCGUCCGACACGCCAUACAUAGAAGCGAGAUAUUUCGAGAAUGGCGGUUCUCUCGACGAGGGUCCGAUUUACGGGAAAAGGUCAUCGAAUCCAUGGAAUCAUCAUUCGAGCCACCAACAGCAACAGCAGCCAGGGGAUUCUUACUGCUGGUACCCUCUUCACUCGUCAAGUGGAACGCUGCAAUCUCACUCGCAGAGUCAUUCGCACGGGCCGAGUCCCGUGCCGCCAGGGCUCGUGCAGGUAAAUCAGUUGACGUCUUUCGGGCCGCCUCAAUUGCCUCAUCAGCAACAGCAGCUGGGACACGUUGGGGCUGGUGGACAAAUGCAAAACGGUGCGAGCCUCGACGACGAGUGGAAAAACAUUCACGUGAUGCUCAACUGCAUCCUCGGCAUGGUCGAGAAGACCAAACGAGCGUUGGCGAUACUUCAACGACGCGGGUCACCCAGCCCGGCCGCUACCGCGCCGCCGUUGACCCCCGGGGCCGCGGUUGGGGCACAAAAUGGUGCUAGCAACGGCAAUCCCACUUCGAGCAACGGUGCACACGUUGAAUCUUCAACGGGGGAUCGUGAUGCUGGUAAUUUGAAACGACUCUCCGGAGAAAUCGUCGCUCAAACAAUCCGGGCGACUGAGGACCGCGUUGCUGAAGUCAAAAGAAGAGCCGAAGAAGCUGUGCAAGAGGUCAAACGAGCAGCGGUGGCCGAAGUUCAACGCGCCGUUGCCGUUGCGGUCGCCGAAUCUCGAGCCAAUGAAAGACUACGAGUUCAUCGACUUCUCGACCUUCCUCUUCCCCAUCGGAACCAUGCUGCUCUGAGGCAAACCUCUUUUAUACGCGUCGCUGCACAUAUUAAUCCGAACAAUCAGGAAGCUACCGGUAGAACCGGAAGUUCCGGUACACCCACGACGACGUCGGGGCCUGCCGGAGCUCCGGACGAGGAAAAGGACGUGGGGCACUUGGCUAGUGUCGUUGGAUCGGGCUGCUGGAAUUGCGGACGAACAGCACUCGAGACUUGCGGGGGCUGCGGUGUUGCUCGAUAUUGCGGCUCUUUUUGUCAACAUCGUGACUGGGAAGCCGGAGGUCAUCAUGCGACCUGUAACAGCAGUCCGUCGCGAGAACGUCCAAGGCGUUCGUCCUCCCAAAGUCCAACGAGAAACCUCACCGUCGCGGCUAAUUCGAAAGACAAUGAAAACAACGCCACGAGUGCAGCGACCGUUGCCAAAUGAAAUAUUUAAUAGACCAACACGAGAAACGCGAUUCCCCGGAAUCGAUAAAAAAGCAGGAUUCGUCUCUGGCAAAGUACCAAAAACUCAAUUGCAUUACCGCCGGAUUAUUAUCAUUAUUUAUUAUUAUUAGUAGAAACAUUUUUUUCUCCCUCUCCCCAUCCUCGAUCACGAAUUAUUCAAAUUUUAACGCUUAAUCGUGUAUCCGUUAGCGUGUGCUUAACGACUUUAACAACUCUUGAAAAAUGUACGAUUACAAAAAAAAAACGAUUUAAAGAAUAGCGGUGUUAGAUUUUAACGAGAUAAACGAUGCACCAUCGAAUUCAUUCGAUUUUCAUGAACUGGGAUCGUGUCAAUUGCUUUUCGUGGAUUUUACAAUCAGAAAGCAAAGAGUUAUCAAAAUUCUUAUCAUUUUCGUGCUCAUUUUGACAGAAAAAUUGUUAUUUCAUUUCAUAACUUUUCCUUCGAUAUUGAAAAACGAAUUUUCUCGAUAAAAAUUCAAAUAUUACAAAAUGGAAAUUCACAAAAUUCAAAGAGUUUUUCGAUACGAUCUCAAUUCCAAAAUUUCCUUCAAAGGAAUUGCACAUUUUGCACGUUUACGCACACACAUACACUCACAUUAAGAAUUAUAUAUACGAAAUGGCACUUUAAUUAAUUUUAUCAGUCGUCGAUAUUCCGUAAAAAAAACUGUUUCCGUAAGGUGAGGAAGAUAAAAAAAAUAGCCUUAUCCAGUGUUAUACUAGUCAAUUGAUAGGCCGAACUUAAACUCUAUCUUUAUUCAAUCCUCGUAUGCGAAUCGUUAAGAUCGUUUGGUUCUACAUAAUCGAAUUUAUGAAAGCUAGUUAAUAAAUGGAUGAUUUUCCAUUGUCGUAAUUCGAAAAUGUAAAAAUUCAAUGAUUUGCGCACCAAAAAUGAAUUGCUUCGAGUCGAAAAAAAAAAACAGCUUUUGAAAAGCAUGAAUUUAUUUUGUUUUAAUAAAAAAAAACUUCUGAACUUUCCACAGUUAUGAAUCAAACGCUCUCAAAGAAUUUUUUUUUUAUUCAAACAUAGAAUCUCUAGUCAGAAAGAGAAAGGAGAGAGCGAGGGAGAGUGAAAUGGGAAAGAGAAGUUGGAACGUCGCGAACUCUUUGUUCGCAUUUAACUCGAGGCAAUUUCGUGUUAGGGAACUUUGCUCAAAAAUCUAGAAUAGAGUACCAUGUUAUAAUUAACGUAAUCUACCCUCGAGCGUUCUCACUGUGAAGACCUCCGGCGAAUGAGAAAACAAAGGAAUAUGAAAAAAGGAAAUGUAUUUAAGAAUUAAUGAAAUACAUAUAUUAUUCUAUAUCGUAAAAGAACCGAAA